AUGGUCAAGAUAAUAAUACUCCGUCACGGAGAGUCUGAGUGGAACCACGAGAACAAGUUUUGCGGGUGGAUUGAUAUACCAUUGCUGGAGAAGGGUAAGCAGGAGGCAGAUCAUGCUGGAGAGCUAAUAUUGAAGGCCAAAUUGAAGCCCAUUGCCAUGUACACAUCAAAGUUGACCAGAACGAACCAGACAGGUUAUAUCAUCUUGAACAAAUUGAACCGAUUAUGGUGCGAUUCGUUCAAGUCAUGGAAGCUAAAUGAGAGGCACUAUGGGUCCUUUCAAGGUCAAGAUAAGACCAAGAUUUUCCAGGAAUUAGGCAAGGAUAAGUAUGACUAUAUCCGUAGAGACUACAAUGGCCGGCCCCCUCCAGUCGUGGGGGAUGAUCUGUGCAUUGAUGAACGAUACGACGAUGGCAGAACGUCAGCCGACGAAUUGCCCAAAGCAGAAUCCUUGAAAAAUGUCUCUGAAAGGUUUAUUCCGUACUUCAAAGAGGAGAUAUUUGCCAAAAACUACAAACAAUGCUUGAAAGACGAACAGCGUGCCAUUCUUAUAGUCAUGCAUGGGUCACCUGUUAGGGCAUUCAUCAAGCAUUUCACCAACGUCAGCGAGAAAGACAUACUGAAGAUCAAUAUCCCCACGGGGAUUCCGAUAAUCUUCGAGCUAGACGAGAACAUGGAGGUUAUAGGAGACUACUAUUACUUGGAUAAGGAAGCCGCUGAGAGGGGCAUAAAGAAGGUGAGUAACGAGGGAAGGGCAAAGUAG